GUCUGCGUGUGUGUGUCUGCAAUAACGCCAAUCCACACUGUACAUGGUAUAGUGCGCUAGUAUACACUCCCUUUGUCUGUAAGGCAUAUCGUACGACACCGUGCACUCAGAUAUCGCUUAUAAGUUAGAUACACGCGUUGUCUGCAGACUUUUAUGCUUUCUACAAACGUUACUUAUUUUCGGCCUGCACCAAAUUGCAUCGAAAUUAGAUCUUAUUCAAACCCUAAAGUAAUCAGGGAACUUGUGUGGAAGAAUUCAGUGACCAAAAUGGAGUCAUCUGGCCAUGCUGAGGAGGAUAUUAAAGAGGAAUGUGUCGAAAUUAUUUCGUCAAGCGACGCAGGGUCUGCGGUGACUGCUGCGGCGGCCAUGUUUAUGUCGGCUGAGAACGAAGCGGGCUCUGAAAGCAACAACGUGUUCAUGACUGACGAUCAAGAAACAGUACCUGGUGCUGGUAGUGGCACGAUGAUCCUUCGAGAUCGAGAAGGUACUCCGAGUAAACCUGAGAAAGAGACUGUGGUGAACCUUAUCGAGAUGGUCAGGUACCACCCACAAAUAUGGGACAUUACCAACGCGGCAUACAGGGAGAAGCUCUUGAGGAAAAGGAGUUUUCGCAGGAUUGGUGAAGAGCUGGGGUGGUCUACCGAAGAUGUCAUCAAGAAAUACAACAACCUUCGAACAUACUACACAAAAGAGAUCAUCAAACAGAAGAGAAGUCCCACUUAUCAGUCCAAGUGGCCCUAUUUCGAUCAGCUCGAUUCGUUUCUUCGCAGAACUGUUCAUAAGCGACAACCAGCAAAAUUAGCUCUUGCAAACAAAUGGUCACGACUAGCUAACAGAAAUACACCCGACCGCUUUGGCGGCCAGGACCGUAUGCAAUUGCUCGUACCUACAGGUUUCCGGAAAAAGCGUCAGAUGUUGAACAGUGGGGACCUAAGACAACGGAGCACCUUCAGCAGAGCGGCAGCAACAGUGUCAACACCUCCAGUGGAAACAUCGAAACGGGCAACCGUGCCUUCAACUGGAUCCUCUGCAGGAUCUCGAGCCGGGCCACCAAGCAGCCAAAUAAACAUUUCACACGUGCGAAGUUUAGUCUCACAGCAAGCAUCACGAGAGAAAGUCUCACCAACACCAUCAUCCUCCCGGGUACCAAGGCAGCAGUUAGCCCAACAACAAGUAAACAUGCCAACUUCAAACUUAUCAAUACCUGCAACAUCGGCACAAUCAAGAGCUUUGCAAAUGCAACUUCUAAGGAAACAGACCCAGUCUCAACCUCAACAGCAGCAAAAACCACAGCAGUUGCAGCAACAACACGCGAGGCCCAAGUCCCCACCUCCUGCAACAGCUAAAGCAGCAAGAUCGACAAUUAACCAGCCUUACCAGCAAGGACCUACUCUCCUGCCAUCCCCAUCAUCAGGACAAAACUUGAUGGAGAGCAAUGAUACCAUCUUUGGCAGGUUGAUCACCAGUCAGUUGUCUAAGAUUCCAGAAGGACGGAAGAAGGAACAGUUGAAGAUCAAUGUCAUGCAGCAGCUGGUACAAGCCAUGUUUGACGAAGAACAAUCGUGAGAUAACCAAACGAAACUAUGAGUUGGAAUCCCCCACGACCUCAAGUUCGUUUCGUUUCCUUUCGAACUGGAUAAUUUGUUCUCAAUGCAUUGGACUUUUCGGAACUGGAUAUCAUUUUCUGUUUUACAUGUUGAUGUACAUUAUAUAACGUUAUUAUGUCCAAGCAACGAAUCUAUUUUCAUGAUUCACAAAGAAGAACGUCCAGUAUAGUGUUAUAUUUUGAAUAGGUAUUUGUCCAUUCUAAAUGUUCAUUGCCUGUUUAAUCUUUGCACCAUUUCCAAUUUAAGAGGCACCUUUCAUUGUUUUGCCCAUCGCAUGUUCAUUUUUAUGUAUUAUUACGCGUUUGGGUUUAUUGUUUUGUAUGUCAGUAAAGUACAUGGAUGUUCAUGAAUAUAUCGGAACCUGUCUAGUCACAUAAUAAGCAUGCACAAGAGUUGUAAAGCAAGGAACUAGUGUUGUUCAACUUCUUACCAAUAAAAUGUUCCUUUUUACAAAUAU